GAUCUCCUCUGUUCUAAAGUAUAUUUCUUCUUCAGGCUUUAGUGUUUCUGAAAUCCAGGGAAUCCACAUUAGAACAAAUAUGUGAAAGUUCCUGCCAACCUGUGAGAACUUCUUCCUUCUGACCUUUUUUGUUCUACUUACUGCACAACUUCCUCAGAAGUUCUUUUUUGAUGCCAUGUUCUGUGGCUUGCAUCAAAAGAGGAGUUUGUCUUCAUGAAGAUUCCUAACAUUGGUAAUGUGAUGAAUAAAUUUGAGAUCCUUGGGGUUGUAGGUGAAGGAGCCUAUGGAGUUGUACUUAAGUGCAGACACAAGGAAACGCAUGAAAUUGUGGCAAUCAAGAAAUUCAAGGACAGUGAAGAAAAUGAAGAAGUCAAGGAAACGACUUUACGUGAGCUUAAAAUGCUUCGCACUCUCAAACAGGAAAACAUUGUGGAGCUGAAGGAAGCCUUUCGUCGGAGGGGGAAGUUGUACUUGGUGUUUGAGUAUGUUGAAAAAAAUAUGCUUGAAUUGCUGGAAGAAAUGCCAAAUGGAGUUCCACCUGAGAAAGUUAAAAGUUAUAUUUAUCAACUAAUCAAAGCUAUUCACUGGUGCCAUAAGAAUGAUAUUGUUCAUAGGGAUAUAAAGCCAGAAAAUCUCUUAAUCAGCCACAAUGAUGUUUUGAAACUGUGUGACUUUGGUUUUGCUCGGAAUCUAUCAGAAGGCAAUAAUGCUAAUUAUACAGAAUAUGUGGCCACCAGGUGGUAUCGGUCCCCAGAACUCUUACUUGGAGCUCCCUAUGGAAAGUCUGUAGAUAUGUGGUCAGUGGGCUGCAUUCUUGGGGAGCUUAGUGAUGGACAGCCUUUAUUUCCUGGAGAAAGUGAAAUUGACCAACUUUUUACUAUUCAGAAGGUGCUAGGACCACUUCCAUCUGAGCAGAUGAAACUCUUCUACAGUAAUCCUCGCUUCCACGGGCUCCGGUUUCCCGCUGUUAACCAUCCUCAAUCAUUGGAGAGAAGAUACCUUGGAAUUUUAAAUAGCGUUUUACUUGACUUAAUGAAGAAUUUACUGAAGUUGGACCCAGCUGACAGAUACUUGACAGAACAGUGUUUGAAUCACCCUACAUUUCAAACCCAGAGACUUUUGGAUCGCUCUCCUUCAAGGUCAGCAAAGAGAAAACCUUACCACGUGGAAAGCAGCACUUUGUCUAAUAGAAACCAAGCCAGCAAAAGUGCUGCUUUACAGUCUCACCACAGAUCGAACAGCAAGGACAUCCAGAACCUCAGUGUGGGUCUGCCCCGGGCUGAUGAAGGUCUCCCUGCCAACGAAAGCUUCCUAAAUGGAAACCUUGCUGGCGCUACUCUAAGCCCCAUGCACACCAAAACCUACCAAGCAAGCAGCCAACCUGGGUCUGCCAGCAAAGAUCUUACCAACAACAACAUACCGCACCUUCUCAGCCCAAAAGAAGCCAAGUCAAAGACAGAGUUUGACUUUAAUAUUGACCCAAAGCCUUCGGAAGGUCCAGGCACAAAGUACCUCAAGUCGAGCAGCAGAUCUCAGCAGAACCGGCACUCAUUUAUGGAAAGCUCUCAGAGCAAAGCAGGGACACUGCAGCCCAGUGAGAAGCAGAGUCGGCACAGCUACAUUGACACCAUCCCCCAGUCCUCUAGGAGUCCCUCCUACAGAACCAAGGCCAAAAGCCACGGGGCCCUGAGUGACUCCAAGUCCGUGAGCAACCUUUCCGAAGCAAGGGCCCAAAUUGCAGAGUCUAAUACCAGUAGGUACUUCCCAUCCAGCUGCUUGGACUUGAACUCUCCCACCAGCCCAACCCCGACCAGGCACAGCGACACGAGAACUUUGCUCAGCCCCUCGGGCAGAAAUAACCGAAGCGAGGGCACUCUCGACUCACGCCGAACCACAACCAGGCAUUCUAAAACAAUGGAGGAGUUGAAGCUGCCCGAGCACAUGGACAGCAGCCAUUCCCACUCGCUGUCUGCACCUCAUGAAUCCUUUUCUUACGGGCUGGGCUACACCAGCCCUUUCUCCUCCCAGCAGCGUCCACAUAGGCAUUCCAUGUAUGUGACGCGUGACAAAGUGAGAACCAAAGGCUUGGACGGAAGCUUGAGCGUAGGCCAAGGGAUGGCGGCCAGAGCCAACAGCUUGCAGCUCUUGGCACCUCAGCCUGGAGAACAGCUCCCUCCAGAGAUGACUGUGGCUCGAUCUUCUGUGAAAGAACCCUCCAGAGAAGGCACCUCUUCAUUCCAUGCACGGCAAAAGUCUGAGGGUGGAGCCUAUCAUGACCCCCAUUCUGAUGAUGGCACCGCCCCCAAAGAAAAUAGACACCUGUACAAUGAUCCUGUUCCACGGAGAGUUGGCAGCUUCUACCGAGUGCCAUCUCCACGUCCGGACAGUUCUUUCCAUGAAAAUAAUGUGUCGGCCAGAGUUUCUUCCCUCCCAUCAGAAAGCAGUUCUGGAACCAACCACUCAAAAAGACAACCAGCAUUCGAUCCGUGGAAAAGUCCUGAAAACAUUAGUCAUUCCGAACAACUCAAGGAAAAGGAAAAACAAGGUUUUUUCAGAUCAAUGAAAAAGAAAAAGAAGAAAUCUCAAACAACAGAUUCCACCAACGGGGAGAAUCCAAGCAUCAAGAAAUCCCUCUUUCCUCUUUUUAAUUCAAAGAAUCAUUUAAAGCAUAGUUCUUCUUUGAAAAAGCUUCCUGUAGUCACUCCACCCAUGGUGCCCAACUCUGAUGGCCCUGAUCUUAUGACGUUGCAGAAAGCCAUUCAUUCUGCUAGCACCCCGAGCAGCAGGCCUAAGGAAUGGCGUCCUGAGAAGAUCUCCGAUCUGCAGACCCAAAGCCAGCCAUUAAAAUCACUGCGCAAGCUGUUGCAUCUCCCUUCAGCCUCAAAUCACCCGGCUGCCUCUGACCCCCGCUUCCAACCCAUAACAGCUCAACAAGCCAAAAAUUCCUUCUCAGAAAUUCGGAUUCACCCCCUGAGCCAGGCCUCUGGCGGGAGCAGUAACAUCCGGCAGGAGCCCACACCAAAGGGCAGGCCAGCCCUCCAGCUGCCAGGUCAGAUGGACCCUGGUUGGCACGUGUCCUCAGUGACCCGAAGUGCCACAGAGGGGCCUUCCUACUCUGAACAGCUAGGUGCCAAGAGUGGGCCAAACGGGCACCCUUAUAACAGAACAAAUCGGUCCCGAAUGCCAAAUCUGAAUGAUUUAAAAGAGACAGAGGGGAGGGGAGGGGCCGGGAAGGGAGGGGAGGGGCCGGGUUCAGCCUCUCUCCAGAGCCCGAGACCGAAACUGCUCCAGGCUGAGGCACUCAGUGAGCUGCCUCUACAGCAGUGGCUCUCCACCAAGGCUGGUUCUGCCUCUCAGGGCGUUGGACAUCAGGAGAUAGAUUUGGUUGUCACAGCUGGGGUUGGCAGCCCUAUGAAAUUGAAAAGGAAUGUCACUGAAUCUAAACUGCCAGUUACAGAAAGCUCAUUAAGCACUUUAGAUACAUUUGUCCUGUUUGAUCUUCACAUCAGCCCUGUGAAGUUGGGAAGGGAUCUGAGGCUUUCCGGAAGCUUCCCACUCAGAGAAGGCGAGUGUGGUGUCCAGGAUCGUGAUAAGUGUGAGUCUGUUCACUCAGCCUGGCAUUUGAAAACAGCCACUCGGAAAAAGGAGCUGCUAGGAAGGCUGUUCUGUGUCAAGGCCCAGACAGUCUUGGAUUCCCCAGUCUCACUGAAGGGCUCUUAUCCUUGGAUUUCACCCCCCUCAGCUUCUCCUCUUUAUAGACCUCUCCUCCCUACUCCCCAUGUCACCAGCCUCUCCCAGGGAAGGGCCUGGAAACUCAGACUGAGCUAUGAUCAGCAAAGGAGACAGGCUGUCGUUCUCCCAGGCUCCCUUAGUGAGCUCCGCCAGCAGGGAAUGGCCAGGCCAGACGCAUUCCAGGACCAUUCAUUCCCAAGGAGGAUUCAGUGUCAGGAGCAGAUGUGUUUGUGCAUUGUCAGGCAAGGGGACAGAGGUUGA